AAGUUGAAUUGGGCCCAACUUGAUUGCUUACAAACGAUAUCCCAAUGGGUUUUAAAGCAAUCUCAUGCAGCAAACUGGCUCAAAUCUUACGCCCGACCCAUACAAUUGCUGGAGUUAAUGAAUCCACAUGCUAACUUUGAGAUGAUUCCCGUGCACGCUCUUCGAUUAUUCUAUGUGAAAAUGUGUUUGCUUCAUGAGAAACUUGAAACAGUUAAAGUUAGAUUCCAGGCUUCGAGCUACGUUUUUGGUGUAAUGCUUCACAAUGUCACGUUGGUACCAUCUUUUCCUUUGAUUCCAAGAUAUUUUGUUCAGUUAACCGAAUCUUGAAUUUGGGUACUAUGGCGAAGAAAAGGGAAGGGCAGGAGGACAUCCUAUUUGCCACUGCCAAUGCACCAAGCUAAUCUGGGGUUACUGCUGGGGGCUUGACCAUGGCUUUUGAGAAUUAAGCCAGAGGUUACUAAUUUUUAUUAAGGUGGGAUUAUGGCUUGCUGAUUGCUGUCCAGUACACAUCUCAGGGAUUGUUCAAUGUUUCUCUCAGUUCCGGCGGAUACUCUACUUUUCUUGUUCUCCAUGGAAAGAAUCCGAAUUUAUGAAGAAAAGAAAGGCGGCAAAAGAAGAAUAAAGAAAAAUGUAAUGACAAAAGAAGCUUUUAGUCCAAAACUCACAGCUCAUAUCUAAUCUCCCCUCGUAUUUGUUACUAAUCUCCGUGCCUGGUCCUACUUUAUUCGUAUUCCUCCUCUCCAGAGUUCAUAAAAGCUUGCCAUUAUAAAGGGGGGGCUUUCACUGAGAUUUCUCCUGCCUCCUCUGCAAUCAUAUUCAUUGGUGCUCCAUACGAAAAUUUUACGACAGGCAUGGCCGCCAAAAACGUUGGGUUUGUGAUUUGUCUCUUGAUCAUGGCUAUGGACAUCACAGCUGGAAUACUUGGCAUUCAAGCCGAAAUAGCUGAAAACAAGGUGAAGCAUUUGAGGAUGUGGAUUUUUGAGUGCAGAGACCCCAGCUUUCAAGCUUUCAAGCUAGGAUUGGCGGCAGCAGUACUUCUCGGACUUGCCCAUGUCAUUGGUAACAUGCUUGCUGGUUGCGUAUGCAUUUGGACCAAGGAAGACUUGGACAGAGCAUCAGCUAACAAACAAUUGGCCGUGGCUUCCCUCAUUUUCUCGUGGAUAAUAUUAGCAGUUGGAUUCUCAAUGCUGAUCAUAGGGACACUGUCGAACUCCAAGUCAAGGAAAACAUGUGGCAUAUCCCACCAUCGGCUUUUCUCCAUUGGAGGAAUUCUGUGUUUCAUUCAUGGGCUUUUCACCGUUGCUUACUACGUAUCAGCCACCGCUGCAGCCCGAGAAGAGAGAACAAACCGUCCUCGAGCCAAUGCCUAAUUUUACCUUAUGCUACUUUUCCAAGCUAUGCAACAAAGUCAGCAUUCAGAUUUUAA